CCCGAACUCGUGCUAGUUUCAAGUUCCCACUUUGAUGUUAGAACUUAGAACCAGAAGUCCAGAACCACCGUAAAUCUCACUUUCCUUCUACUCGUCUCAUUUAUCUCUCUCUCUUCUCUUUCUCUCUCUUCAACAACAAUGGCAUCUCGUAUUGUGGCGGCUGCUCGUCAAGCUGCUUCCAUCACCCGGAUCUCCUCAUCCCAACAACCUCUUCCUCGCCUGGUUCAACGCCGUGGCCUCGCUGGUGCCGCCGAUCACCACGGGCCAGCAAAGGUAAACUGCUGGCAAGAACCAAGGAAUCCUGCUAACUGGAAGGAAGAGCAUUUUGUCAUUGUAUCCCUCACUGGAUGGGGUUUGCUUAUCUUUGGAAGCUACAAGUUCUUUACUAAGGGCAAAGGCAAGACAGAGGAGGUGGCAGCGGCUUCACAGUAGAACAAUCAUGAACUUCAAGAUGCUUUAGCAAUAAAGUCCGUGCUCAAAACUGUUCAACCAGGUGGAUGUUUUCUGAUAUUCCAAUUGUUGCCGGUUAGAUAGUUUUGGAGCAAACAAAUGUGAUAAAUGGAUUUUUGACAAUUUGAAAUGUUGAUGAUAAACAUAUAAUUGUCUAAAUUAGUGACCUCCUUUGAAUUUACCAUAAAUACCAAUUUACUUUCUCAUUUUCUUUAUUAUGGUCUGCUGCUUCUGUUCAUGGAUUUAGGACAGCAUACGACCAGUUUGUUGUAUCUUAUGGUUCAAGAAAUUGAGUGGAUGAUGUCAGCAACUUUAUUUGUUUGCAAAUGCCAAAAUUUCCCGGAA